AUGGAAAGUCUAGAGGAGGAGGCAGUCGCACAUUUAGUGCAAGAAGCCUAUGAGAAGGUAGCACAGUUCGAGAGGAGCACUACCAGUAGAUUCUCCAUAGUCUGGGAAUCUAAAAAUUUUAGUGACAUUGAAAGCUGCUAUGAACCACAUUGGAGGCAUAUCAGAUGGGUUCAAAGAAAGCCUCUCAAUGAAGCCUUGGAACUUAGAAAUUCGGAGAAGGGAAUUGAGGAGAGAGCAAAACUUUUUGGAAAGGGUUUACCAGAAUUGAAAGCUUUGAUUUUGGGAGAGUUUGGGGUGUUCAAGCCUAAAUCAAUCAUAAGAAUAGGUUACUGCCAUGGUCACUAUUUGUCCAUGAAGGAUAACACCAACAGACUUCUCAUGGCUACACUAGAAGAUGAGAUGGGCCAAAAUAUGAAUGAAGGACUGCAGUAUUUCAGGGAUGUUUUGUUUGUUGAAGGGGAGAUUUUGCUCGCGGCACUGUUAUGGAAUUUGUCCUCAUCUGAAGCUGAGUGCCGCCUUUACCCGAAGAGUUCAUAAACCUUUUUUUGAUUUUGGUGUGGAUGUGUAUUAGUGUAUGUGUCCAUGGCUCUUUAUUUUUGCCUAAUGUAGUAGCUAACUACAUAAGAAAUGUUAUUAGGGAUUUUUAAAUCCAAGGAGCACAUGCAAACAAAAACUACUUUGCAGUCUUUUCAUAUUUAAAUAAACAAUUUCAAUAUAAUUAAAUAUUGGCACUUCAAUUUUUCAUCAUGAAGGUUUUGUAAAAUUGCAAUUUGUAUAUGAUUUACUUUAAGUGCCUUGUUAUAUAUUAGAACAUAUUAUUUUAAUCAUAAUAUUCCAAUCCCUCUGAUUGGCUUAAAGUUGGUCACAUGAUUAAGUAUAUAUUAAGUAUAUAACAACAUAUAGACUUCAGUUACUAUUUAUAGAAUCUGAAAUGCAUAUCAACUUGAUGCUUCUUAAAUGGAGUUAAUUUUCUGUAAAGCAAAAAAAGUAAUCAUUGCAAAUAAUUUCAUUUAUGUGACAUGUUCUUGUUUAAUAAUGUUAUAAAUUAACAGUAUCUGUAUUGUACAUAUUGUCAUUCUUAUCCAUCACGUGAUCAAUAUUGAUCCAUUUACCAAAAGAGAAAGCAUGGUUUAUUGAACUGCUGAAUUUUUUUAACCCCCAUCCACCCUAUCUGCC